ACGGGGCAGGAGGCAGCCGCGGGGGCCGGCGCCAGAGUCAGGGAUUUGGUCUGCCGUGCUGACCAAGUGCUGGACCCGCGGCCGGCCGGUGCAUCCCAGCCUGCGCACGCAGAAGCUCCGGGUCCCCCAGGCCGAGGCGCCGGCGGCCGCGCGGGGUGGGUGCGGUGGGUCGAGGGAGGUUCGGAGGGCGCGGGCGCCCUGUGCGCGGAGCAGGCGUGAGGCGGCGGGGGGCCGGGACGCCAUGUCCAUGGAGGACCCCUUCUUUGUGGUGAAAGGAGAGGUACAGAAAGCAGUCAACACUGCACAGGGAUUGUUUCAGAGAUGGACAGAGCUUCUCCAGGACCCAUCCACAGCCACGAGGGAAGAAAUCGACUGGACCACCAACGAGCUGAGAAACAACCUCCGCAGCAUAGAGUGGGAUCUAGAGGACCUUGACGAAACCAUCAGCAUAGUCGAAGCAAAUCCUAGAAAAUUUAACCUCGAUGCAACCGAAUUGAGUAUAAGAAAAGCCUUCAUCACAAGUACUCGGCAAGUCGUCAGGGACAUGAAGGAUCAGAUGUCAGCGUCAUCUGUGCAGGCAUUAGCUGAAAGGAAAAACAGACAGGCCCUGCUAGGAGACAGUGGCGGACAGAACUGGAGCACUGGAAUGACGGAUAAAUAUGGGCGCCUCGACCGGGAGCUCCAGUUGGCCAACUCCCAUUUUAUCGAGGAGCAGCAGGCACAACAGCAGCUGAUCGUGGAACAGCAGGAUGAGCAGUUGGAGCUGGUCUCUGGCAGCAUCGGGGUGCUGAAGAACAUGUCCCAGCGCAUCGGAGGGGAGCUGGAGGAGCAGGCAGUAGUCAGCAGGAUGGGGAUACUGAGGUGCCAGUGUGUAGCUUCAAAAACCGGAGAAAACAAGAGAAUCGUGCAAGGAGCUUGAAAGCGGUGGCCCUCAGGAACGGGAGACAACGGUGGUUUUUGGUAAGAGGCCUUGUAGGACUCUUUAGCUCUACAAACAGUGUAUGUGUAUAACUCUAACAAAAAUAAUAAGUAAAUUAAAAGGAAAAAACAUAGGUCUUGGACUUAGACCUGUGCUGUCCAGUACAAUAGCCACCAGCCACAUGUAGCCACUGAGUACAUGAAAUGCAGCCAGUCUGAAUUGAGAAGGGCCCUACAUGUAAAUGAACACCAGAUUCUGAAGACUUAGUAUGAAAAAAAUGUGAAGUUACAUGUUAAAAUAACUUUUUAGGUAUAUUGGGCUAAUAAAACAGAUUAUUAAAAUUACCCCCCCCCCUUUUUAAUGUGACUACUGAAAAAUAUUCAGUAGCAUAUGUGACUCACAAUGUAUUUCUUUUGGACAGCGCUCAGGUAGAGCUGGGCUAGAAACUUGGUUAGUGGAUGGUUAGUGGGUGUCCUUGGGCUGGAGGUUGGAUGACUUACCUGUUUUUGUCUUCAGUAAGAAAGGUCCUGCCCAGCACACAGAGGUAACUCUUGUUUAUCAGCGUUUGGCCCUGCAGCUGACAGGGCCAAGAUGCUACCAGGAUCUAAAAUGAGCUAAAAAUGUUUUCAUUUGAAAAUUCAGGUAAGGGACAAAGGCUUGUUUAUUAGUUGUCACCAUGGAGUUUAUUUAAUGAUUGAUUUAGCAGUUGGUUGCCGGAAUCCUGCAGGGCUGUCAGGUGCCUCGUGUGGGCACAGACCAAGACCAGUCGUUCUACCUGCCCUGAUGCUGCCAGAGGAAGAAAGCCCUGUGAAUAAGUCCUCCGGUACUAAUCUGUGUGUCACAUUCUAGCCUCAGGAUAAUCACAUAUUAAUCCGAAGUUGAAAAGUCUGGAAUGCUUAGUAAUUUAUGAAAUAAACACUGUUGGUAUAAGUAUCUUGGUGUUUUCUUUCCCAGCUGCACCUUGGACAGCAAGCAGUGUGAACCUCAGGGACCUGGUUCUCUGUGUGUAGUUGAGGCACACAUGCCAUCAAGGACUCAAUCCUGAGGCCGCCCAGCUUUACCAUAAAGCACAGGGUGCCUUAAAGGAGAUGAUCAUUUGAUCAAAAUGCGUUUCUUAAUUCAUGUUGCUGUAAAGCGCGUUGUGUAUUACAUGGUUCUCACAGGAACCCUGGCAGGGAAGCUGCGCUGAUAGGAUUGCCCUAUUUUACAGAUAAGGAAACAGGGUCCCUUGUCCAGGGUAGCAAGUUGCAAAGCCUGGUUGUGACUUCCCACAGCCUUCUUUCUGCUACACUGCACUGCUGCUGCGUUUGUAUUAUCGUAUGGUCAGGUCCCUGUUGGCCUUGUCUGCAAUUCUGAAAUCUAGAAGUUCUAAAAAAUUAAAAAUUAGAAAAAAUUUUGCUGCAAGCUCACGAUACAGAAAAAUCUGACCUGAACUCACUACAGCUGUGUCGCCUCGUAGUUUUCUUUGCAGAAAUAUUUACUUUUGUGUUUGAUUAUGGGGACUGACCCAGACCCUGCUGGGGAUGGUGGCUAACAGACAAUGUAUGUAAGUUACUACUGUAAGUUUCCAAAAUUCUGAAAUCAAAACCAUAUCUUGUCCCUUGGGGCUUCCUGGGUGGUGCAGUGGUUGAGAAUCCGCCUGCCAACGCAGGGAACACGGGUUCGAUCCCUGCUCCAGGAAGAUCCCACAUGCUGCGGAGCAACUAAGCCUGUGCGCCACAACUAUUGAGCCUGCGCUUUAGAGCCCGUGAGCCACAGCUGUUGAGCCCAUGUGCUGCAACUACUGAAGCUCACGCGCCUAGAGCCCGUGCUCUGCAACAAGAGAAGCCACAGCAAUGAGGAGCCCGCCCACUGCAACGAAGAGUAGCCCCCACUCACCGCAACUAAAAAGAAAGCCCCGCGCACAGCAAAAAAGACCCAACACGGCCAAUAAAAUAAAUGAAUGAAUAAAAAUUUAUUUAAAAAAACAAAACAAAACCAUAUCUUGUCGCGAGGAUAGAAGAUUGGGGGCUUGAAUCCCGCCAUUGCCUGUUUGAUGUUUGCUAGCACUGAGGCCCGUACUCACCAGCUCCCUCCUGCGUCUGCUUGUC